ACCACCAUCUCCCAAAGCAGUUGCUCUACUCCGAACUCAAGAACGGAAAACGGAAUGUUGGUGGGCAGGAAAAGAGAUUGAAAGAUGGGCUCAAAGCCAACCUUCAAAACUCUGGCAUAGACACUGAGAACUGGGAAGCCUUGAGUGCUCCAGUUGGAGGUCGGCUGUGACCAGCAGUGCUGCGGAAUUCGAAGAGGCACGAAUGGAGGGAGAAAGAGAGAAACGUGGACUCCUCCUUUUUUCUACAGAGGCUCGGGGCAUUGUCUGGCUUCCUAGGCCCAAGCAGCCCAAACACAGGCCCCUUUAGCACCUGCAUUCAGCAGUCUGUUGAUACCACCAGCACUCUUGAUGCUGGUUUGCUGUGUGUACGGAAGGCGCUACCAUGGCGACCACAAUGACCCAACAGUAGCAGAAUGUCCCGGGAUGGAUCCUGGGAGGUGACCAUUCCCUGGUUCUGUCUAGCCAUAGCCGGACAGAGCAGGCCUCCCAAGUGUACCAUGGCUGGACCGCAGAGGUGCCGUUGGUCAGUGGUCAGCCUGCUCCCCUUCGUCCUGCGCUGGACCUCCCUUCUGCCGCCUGCUUUAGCCGGCAUGGACUGCGGCACGGAGAUCCUCUCCUCUCCGACUGACUCGGACCAGGGCCCUGCCGUGACGGGGGAGUUCCCGUGGCUGGUCUCCUUGCAGGACACGCAGGGCCGGCACUUGGCCUUUGGGAGCAUCCUCAGCCAAGACUGGCUCCUCAGCACCGCCUCGGCCUUUCACAACAUAACGCAGGUGAUGGUCCUUCUGGGUUCCGCGGACCCAUCCGAGCUGCAGAGCCUCCCACUGCCCAUCAGGACCAUCAUCCCACACGAUGACUUUGAUGAGCUCACGCUGGACCACGACCUGGCCCUCCUGCGGGUCCCUGUCCCAAUUGAGUUCGACGAGGCCAUCCGGCCCAUCUGCAUCCCUUUCCAACGCUUCCCACUUUCGGCGAUGGAGGACUGCUGGGUUGUGGGUUGGCCGCACCCGGACGCAGGUGAGCCCACAGGGAGCAGCUCUCUGUGGAAGCUCUCGGUGGUGGACGCUGACCCCUGCCCUCUGCACCGGACGGUCAGCACAGAAUGCUGUAGCCACCGGGAAGGCGACAGCGUGCCGGGAUGCUUGGGCUUCCCCGGCAACCCGGUGGUGUGCCAAGCCAAGGAGACCGGUCAGUGGAUGCUGAAAGGGGUGCUGACCGAGGGCGGAGCGCAGUGCUACGGGCCGUUCCUUUACACCAGGGUGGCCUACUACAGCGACUGGAUCAUGGCCACCACGUCCAAGUGGGGCCCCCCGGUUCAUGCCAUCCCUUUCCAGAGACACUUUGAAGCCUCGGAGGAGUUCCGGCAAGAGAUGUUUGAGCUCCCGCUCGACGAGACGGCCGUGCGCACCUUCCAAGACUAUCCCAACAACAACGACUACAAUGACAACAACGAAACGGAGUGGCUCAAUGCAAGCAAUCGUGAGGGGCCCGUCGAGUCGCGCGCCAACUCCGGGCCCUUGUACUACGACUACUACGGAGGGGAAGUCAUCCCCGUUGGCAUGGCAGUGGCAUUAACCCAGCCACUUUGGGGAAUCUUCUCUGUUGGUUUCUUGCUCUGUGGCCUGACUUGGUGGACGGCAGGACAAGUGGCAAGCUAGCCUUCAAGGGGCAACUCCAACCUGGCUCUGUUGGCCUCUCUUACACCACACAUUGCACCAGCCCUGACUCUACGGACACAACAACUCUCCAUGUGGGGCAACAGAGAUUAUCCUGACAAUAAAGGGAUUAUAAACAAGAGGGAAAUAAUUGUCAGAAAUAUUAAAUAUUAACUAGGUAUUUUUAAUUACAAAAAAUGUGAAUCAAGCACUGAAAGGGAAGUCAGUUCCCCGGGGAAAGGGAUGUUCCUGCAGUGAGAGAGACUUUAGAAGAAAAAUGUUUUGAGUGGA